AUCCGGUCUCAUCUCGAUAGGGAUUACGGUGAACAGCGCCAUCUAGUGCUUAUCUAUAUAAACGAAUCAAAGUCUUCGCUAUUACCAUACUUUAAACCAUUAUUAAUUGAUAUAGGGUACUUUUCUUUCUUUCUUUUUUUAAGAUGGAAAUGGCCGUUUCCAGUGUGCUUCAUUUGUUUUUAUCGAUAAUUUUCCGGCCGCCCUCGGAUCUUUCAUAACUUUCCUUCUCCUGAUCAGCCGUUGGAUCGUCUUCUUAACACUAGAAAACGACAAAAUUUUUCCCAGGUUGUCAGGAUCUCGUGCCGUGAUGAAUAACAUUCACGAAGACAGUGUGGAUUUUCAGUCCAAUUCACAAGAGGAAAAGCAGCAGCCCUCUGUUCAGUCAGUCCUGUCCAGAGGACCCCAGGAGGAAAUCAAGUUCACUAAGGGCCAAGCAGGGCACAGUGAUGAUGAAUGCAGCACUGACCUGGAAGACAAUAUUUUCACCUCCAGCAGGAGAUUGAAUUUGUCCCCAUCAGACGUGUAUCUAAAGGCCUGCAAGCAGACAGGAGCCGUUCCUGUUUCCUACAUCCUCCGCCACUUGGAUGAUGAUAUUCUAGACCUGAAUUACUAUGGGCUGGGACCUCUGGGGGCCAAAGCUCUGGCUAUCCUUCUGAAAAGUCACGGUGUAGUCACCCACCUCGAGUUGAAAGGGAACUCACUUCAGGCUGAAGGGACACAGUAUCUGAUGGCGAUGCUUUUUGAAAACAUCAGCAUUCAGAGUCUAAAUCUUUCCGACAACAAGCUGGGCCUUAAAGGAGCAGAGGUUAUCUCCACAAUGCUGUCAGACAAUCCUAAGCUCAAAUCCAUCAACCUCUCAGAAAAUGACUUUUGUGACGCUGCAGCUAAAUGCUUGGCAGAAGCACUAAAGAAUGAUUUUGUGGUCAAAGAGCUCGACCUCAGUUACAACUGCAUCUGCGAUGCAGGAGGAGAAGACCUUGGUGUCAUGUUAGCAGAGAACAUCGGUAUUGAAGUCCUAAAUCUGAGCUGGAAUCACUUUCUCAUACAUGGCAAUGCAGCUCUGAUUGCUGGUCUAAAGGUAAACGCAACACUGAAGCAGCUCCAGCUGUCGAACAGUGGAUUUGGCCGUCCAGAGGUACAGCUGAUGGCUGAAGUGCUGCAACAAAAUGACACACUUGUGCUGCUGGACCUCAGCAUUAACUGUGUGGACGAUGAAGCUGUAAGGCUGCUCUGCCAGGGCCUGGCCACCAACGAAACCCUCGAGGUUCUCAAACUCUCUCGCAACCCCAUGACAAAAAUCGGAGCCGCCACGCUGCUCAGAACGGUUAAAAACAACAUGAAAUCAGCACUGGAGGAGAUCGAUAUUUCUAGUGUGCUUGUGUGUGAGACCUUUGUGGAGCUGCUGGAAGAAACCCGCGUGACCCACCCUGCUUUGCGGUUCCAGUAUUAUAUUCUGCCCUCCGUCACCAAGAACUUAUUGGCACUUGGGAUCUUUAAGAAGUUCUUUGAAGAGCAAAAUAAGAGCAUUGUGGAUUUCUUCCAGGCUCUGGACAAAGAGGGAACCAUGAAAGUCUCCACCUCUGCCUUCAGGAAGGCUGUAAAGGAAGCUAACAUACCUCUGGAUCAACAGCAGCUUGGCUGGUUGGUCAGGAAGUUUGACAAGAACUGCACGGCAACCAUAGUGUACAGUGUUGUUCAGACAUUUGUGUAGGUGCUGGCAGAGAAACAAAGACGUACAUUAGGACCCAUUGUGCCCUGUGAUUAUUAAAGUAAACAGAAAUACUGAAGAGGUAUCAUACACAGCUGCAAACACUCGAGCCUGCAUUUGUGAAGUGGGAGAAAGGGCCAAGCAACCCUCAAGACUAUGUCAGAGAUGAUCCCAUUAUUUGGAGCUUCUCAAGAGCUGAGCGACAGGCUGGCUAAUGAGGCUUUGAAGAUCCAUCGCUGGCACACAACUCGCAUGCGGCAGAGAAUUCGGGGAGCGAAACAGAAUCUGGCACGAGAUAAAAUGUUUUAGCCAAGAUCGGCCGCAAAGACGUCCAUUGCCUCGGCGCUCUGCUUUUAUUUUGCCGGCAUUGAUUUUCCAAGACCUUUUAAAAAGAGACAAAGACUUCCCAGGAGAUGAAUGUGAAUGCGUAAUGUCCAGUUCAGGAGAAUAGAACAUCUAUGUAUGAACAUGAAGAAGAAAAGUGAGACAAGUUUCAGUACAUAUAAAUCAAGAGAUUUAAUGUUUGAAAUUGUUUCUUUAAAUAAGUAGAAGCAUUUCAUAUACGAGACCGGACAAUGAAAAUGAAUGUUCCAGCAUAAAAACCUGGAAAUUGUGCACUUUGAACUUUACUUCGAACAUAUUUUUCAUAAAGUAACAAAUUGUGUGUA